CUGUAACAUAAGUACUCAUCCGUAAUUCUAAUAACAGGAUAAAAUGUAUACCGAUAUUUUUUUUCCUUCGACAGAUCCCACCAAACUUACAUCCUCAUAUUAUCAAUGCCAAUUAAUAUACCAGCUAUCACAUCCACGUUCAGUUGUAUAAGAAACCCAUCAACAUUAGUACCCGAUGCAAUUUAUGAGUCAUUUGCUACCAUAUCUAAAGAUUUAAGCCGAGUUCUAAGUGACAAAUAUAAACAGCAAAUUAAUAUUAAAGCAAUCGUUUUAGACAAGGAUAAUUGCAUCUCUAUUUCAAAACAGCUUGACAUCUAUCACAAAAAUUUGAGCAAGCUUAAUGAACUUAAGGCCCAGUAUGGCGACAGAAAUGUCGUAGUAUUUAGCAAUUCUAUUGGAUCACAAUUAGAGGACAAAACAGGCAUCGACGCAAGAGAAUUUGAGCGACGAAACAAAAUCCCAGUAAUCCGACAUACGCAGCAAAAACCCGGAGGCUAUCGUGAGGCAUUGACCACAUUGCUUGAGCAAACGGAUGCCCGCCAUCCUAAAGAAUUGGCUAUCAUUGGGGACCGCUUAUUGACAGACAUUAAAUUUGCCAAUAACAUGGGAGCAUGGGGAAUCUGGUUGUCUCACGGAAUAACAAGAAAAUAUCAAUGGGGGAAUAUGUUUGACAGGUGGAUAUACCGCACCUUUCUUAAAAAUCGUAAACCUCUCGCUGCGGUGGAAAAAUCCGUAUGAGUUCAUAAGAGGAGAUAUGUAAUGAAAAGAAUGGAAACAAAAAGCAUUCAAAAGUGACAAUUAAUCAAUUGAGAAAAGGAGACAAAAAUGAAGGACAAGAGAAAAGGGAAACAGUCAUAAAUAAGUGUACAACGAAUGAGAAGGAGAACA